AUGCAGCAAAGGACCACAGAAUGCAUUCCAGGGUUUUUGGAGAAUGUGGAUUUUCCUGGAUCAGACAUUACUUUCCUGUUCUCUCCAUCUGUGGAACACUGUCAGCAGCUGUGCACCCAGGAACCCUCGUGCCUCUUCUUCAGCUUCAAUCGGGCAGACAGCAACUUCCAAUGCUACCUUAAAUCAAGUUCUUCUGGUAAGCCUGAAUCUCAAAUACCACUUCAAGGUGUCACUUCUGGCUACUCUCUCAAACCCUGCAAUCCAAACCCAACGCCUUGUCUUCGACAGGUGUUUAGGAAUGUGGACUUCUUUGGAGCAGACUACACAAACUUAUUCACAGCCAACCUGGAAGAGUGUCAGAGACUUUGCACUGGGGAUCCCCGCUGUCAGUUCUAUACCUUUAUAACAGGAGACUUCCCGCAGUCAGAUAUCAGGUAA